CUCAUCUCAUCUCGAGCCGCCCAACGCGCGCGGCUGAUUCCACUCUUUAGAUACUUCUAGAAACGUUGAUUCCGCCAUCCACCACAACCACCCCCGCAAUCAAGGUCGCAGGGACCGGACGAUGGAGAGCGAGCGCACAAGCGCUGGACAGGAUGCAACCGACCAAACCCCCCAACAGCUCGCGACUCCGCUAGAGUCCAGCCCUGAAGUGCCGCUCCCAAUACUGACGCCUGCAGCCACGCCUGCAGCUGCAGCGCAGGGUCAGGCUCAAGGCCAAGGCCAAGGUCUACCAGGAACAGCACCAGGUGCCAGAGUCGCAAUCCCCAGACUUACAUCAGCGACUCCAGCGCCAGUGCGCGUCACGCGCGCGUGCGUGCAGUGCCACAGAAAGAAGACCAAAUGCGACGGCCGGAAACCGCGGUGUGAGGUUUGUAUGCGGUCUGGUGCGGUGUGCACGUAUUCCAAGUCGAAGCGUGAGAGCCAGCAGUUGGAGGUGAGAUCGCUGGAGCAGAGGGUUAGGGCGUAUGAGUCUGUUUUGCAGGAGAUUGUUGAGAAGAGUAGUACUAGUAGUCCCGGUGCUGUGGAUAGUCGGCGGGUUAUUCAGGAUGCUAUACAGAAUCAGUUUGAUGCGUCGCCUGAGUUCUUUUCGACUCUGCUUUCUGCGGGCUCGCUGUUCGAGCAGGAGGUUCCUAUACCUAGACCAGGGCUAUCGCUUGGCCGAAUGCAUCUGGCAUCGCAAUCGAACGAGAGGCGCGAGGAAUUGACUCUCCUGCAACAGCCGCCAGUCAAGACCACUUCAAUUGAGCACUGGACGACACUCGUUGACAACGACGUCGCGAGCCAUCUGCUCUCUCUCUACUUCACCUGGGAGAAUCCGACAUGGCAGCUUAUCGAUCAGACGCUGUUUGUGCAUGACCUCGAGCAUCGCAAAACUAGAUUCUGCUCUUCUUUACUCGUGCAUACGCUUCUGUUCUUUGGCUGUAGCUUCUCAUACAACCUCGACCGCAUUACGGACCGGCGUGAAGAAAAAGUGCUAGGCGAAAGGCUCUACUCUGUCAUACAGCGCCUCUGGCUACAGGAAAGAGAUAGCGUGGACCUCCCCACCGCGCAGUCAAGCAUCCUAAUCGGCCUUCUCUGCUGUACCUUUGGACUAGAUAAAAUCGGCACAAACUAUAUAAUGAAUGGAGGCGAAAUCAGCACACGGCUGGGUAUCCAUGAGGAAAACUGCCCGUACUUUUUCUGGGAUAUUGAUGACAAUCAAACGGCACUUUUGAAUUGCCAGAGAUUAGUUGCAUGGGCUGUAUUUGAUAUUCAAGCACUGGCUUGCCAAGUAUAUAGGAAGAAGCCUGCUUGGGAUAAGCCGCCAGCUAUGAGUUUCUCGCAAGAAGAGGCUGCAAUACUUGAUGAGGGCGUUGAGUGGUCUCCAUAUCCCUUCGAAACACCCGCCUCCCAGCCCUUCUUUUACACAGCUUCCUGGGUUCGAGGGGGGUUGGUUGCAAUAGUCCACGAGAUCGCGCGCUUUGCAUUACAAUUCCCUGGGCCUGUCUUGAGUGAUGAAUACUGGGAGUACGGGAAUAGCUUAUACCAGAAACUCCUCGACUGGAACGCAAAGCUACCCUGGAGUGUCCUUCCUCGCCAUAAUACCACUCCCCACGUUAUAUGCCUCCAUCUCUACUACCAAGCAACGAUCGUCUCCCUCUGCGAAAUCUUCAUCGUAAACGCCGACCCUAAAUCUCAACCCCAGUCCCCCUUCAACCCAACCCUAAUCAAAUCCCUCGCCCUCGACACCCUUGCAACCCUCCUCCUCCUCUUCAAACACCACCACGGCUAUAAAUCCAUCCCAAUCGUGUUCCUCCACUACUUCUGCGUCGGCGGCAUGCACGCCGUCUCAAAACUCCACCGGUCACACCCCAAAUGGGGCCUUGUGCUUGAAUGCGCCGUCGUGGGGCUCUGGCAUAUGAGUCUGGGCUGGGGCCGGCUAUGCAAGGCAUUCUUACGCAUGAUCGACCUGGUGCUUAAAGCGAGGAAUCCGGACCCGGAGCUAGUGAGUGACAAGGUUAAAGCGAUUUGUGGGAUGAUGGAUGGGGGCCUGUGGAGUGGGGUUGAUACGGAGAUGUUGGCGGCGGAUUAUAUGGUUUAUCAUGUUCCUGGGGGUUUGGGAGAGAAAGAGGGGAUGGGGAAGGGGGUCAGGGCUACGGCUUUGCAGGAGCUUCUUGUUGCGAUGGAGGAGUUGGAUGUUGGUGAGAAGGAUGCGGAGAAGUGA